AUGGCAACACAACCUACCGCCUCGUCCGUUCUUGUUCGCCAGGCCUCUUCCUCGUUAGAUCUCGCAGCGGUAGUCGAAUGCUUUAAAGAGUACACUGCAUGGCUUGACGAAGAUUUGACUCACCAGAAUUACACUGCCGAGCUAAACGGGCUGCCCGGAAAAUAUGCAGCGCCCACCGGGGCCCUUCUCCUCGCCGUGGAUGCCACAACAGACACGGUUCUCGGCUGCAUUGCUCUGAGGCCUAUAGGCUUUGAGUCUGUCUAUCUUGAAUCGCGACCUGCAGGGCUACGCUACUGCGAACUCAAACGACUUUUUGUGUAUCCGGAGGCCCGUGGGAGACAAGUAGCCAGGACUUUGCUAGUAGAGGCAGUGAGAUGUGCCCAAGCCGCGGGCUAUGACGAGAUGCUGCUCGACACACUGUCAAAGAUGACUGCCGCCAUCAGCCUGUACAAGUCUGAAGGAUUUGCGGAAACAGAGCCGUAUAAUUCGAUCUCGAGAUGGGCGGCGUCUCCCCACUCCUCCAAAGACACCAACCCGAUCAGCGGCGACGAGGCGCGGCUGCUCGUCACCAACUCUCGUGCUCAUACUUUUUUGCCUUGGCCGGGCUCGAGCCUGUCUUCUUCUUCGUCCAUGGGCGCGACGCCGCCCCUAUCAAUUGAGCCAUGGGAGACGAUUGUUGCCAUCCAGUAUGUUGAUAAACAACCAAACCCAAGCCACCACAAGUCGUGCUUCCUCUCCUCCUUGUCCCGUCUCCGUCUCCGUCCCCUCGUCCUUGCUCUUCCUUGCUCUUCCUUGCUCCUCCUUCACCGUCAUCUGGCUCUGCCGUCUCUGUUUCUUCCUCUCCUGCAACUCGACUAA